CAUUCUCGUGACUACUGGAGUGGGUUGGACAGACUCCGCCACCACCAAAUGCAUCGCAGAACUGAAGGCUUGAUUCCUGGAAAGGAGAGAACUAUGCCCCGUUUUCAAGCGAAAUUACUGCGCCCAAGGAACGGAGCUUGUUCUUGCGAUCCUUUCCCGGGGAAGAUAACGAUUUAGAAUACUUUAAUUCGUAUAUAAUGAAACAAUUCUGCUAACUUUGAGGGCGAAGAAAUGCAUUCUUAGAAGUCCGUGCAGACAGUUAUGGUAACCGAUAGGGUCUUGUAACCAGCAAAUACGGCACGAUAGUGGCGGAAUGUCUAUCCAAGUGUGUGCCUUGUCACUAUCAUCGCCGUACGCCUUUCUACCUCGUCUGCAUACAUAUUGCCUCGUCCUCCUCCUGCUUCUCCCUCUCCCACCGGGCUGGCUCUUCCGAUCAGCGCUCGUGACGUUCACCACACGGACAGUGGUUACUGCGAUCCACUCUUUUAUAGAAUUGAAGAGUUCCUUGGCCGAUACAAAGCAAGGGAACCCGAAUCCAAUGCCUCUCGAUGCUUUAGCGGUCGUGGAAAUGAUGGCGCUGUCGUCUGUGGUCGCUGUGUGGAGUCUCCUGGUGCCGAAGCGGGUUGGUGCGAGUCGGGCACGAGCGCUGAUAAGGAUAUGGGGUGUUCUUGUCGGCACCGGGACUGUGACGGCAUUUGUGGUUUUUGAAAAAGUUUCUGCAUCUUCUGAGCAUGCCGAGACGGUCGCAUAUACAGUAUGCGGGUGGAUGCCGUUAGAGUAUGCGAGCGUGUUCGGCCUCGACUUCAAGAAGUUCCGGAACCACGUUGGUAUUUCUGGAUUGGUUUUUGCUAGCCUAGCUCUUCUUGCGGCGAUGCUACCGGAUCGAGGCGGCAAAGUCGAAGAGGUCAAGCGAUAUUGAAACCAUAUACGAAGGAAUCGACAUUACACCCAUUACGAAUAGGGCGAUAGGAGCCAAGUGUGGAAUUCGGUUGUUCAUAAAGCUCCUGAUUCUUGCCGUACCAGCAGUUGCGGUCCUCAUUGUCGUCUCUGCUGAGAUAUAUUUCUGGAGACUGGCGCCUCACGUCGACACGGCAGACAUCGAUACCAUUUCGGUGGAAGGGAUCU